CUGCGCACAUAGGGAGAGAGAAAGAGAGAGAGAGAGAUAGAGAGAGAGAGAGAGAGAGAGAGAGAGAAACACCAAAAGGGAGAAGAGAAGAGGCAUGGUUCACAAUGUGGUGACCCAGUGGUGAUUAUCACAGGUGGUGACCCAGUGGUGAUUAUCACAGGUGGUGGCCCAGUGGUGAUUAUCACAGGUGGUGACCCAGUGGUGAUUAUCACAGGUGGUGACCCAGAAACAGAGAGAACGAGAAAACGAAAGAAGGAUGGUCGAAAGAGAAGAUCAGAGGAGCCAACUUGACCCUUCAUCUCCCUGACCCCUGACCCCUCAGAAGAGGAAAAUAGAGAAAACAGAAAGAGAGAAGGAGAGAAAGAGAGAGAGAGGGGGACAGAGGGGACAGUACCGUCCCCUGAUCCCCAAGUCAUGUCCCGCCGGAGCUCCGCGGGUGAGCUGGUGCCCAGGGACAUCUCUGAGAUCCUAGCCCGGGAAGGGAAGGCCCAACGUGGGCAGAGGAAGACCGGAGGGUCCCUGGGUCAGACCUUCAGCUGGUUGAAGGGAAGCAAGAGGAAGAAGAAUGUCAGUAAUGGACAGAACCGGAUGGGGAGUGGGAUCGGGACUACAGAGGGAAACGGAACCAAACAUGGACAACACCAGAACCACGAUUCACCUAAAGCUGGUCCUAAGGGUCAGGAUGAGCAGAAGAGGUUGACAGUUCACUACACAGCCUCCUCACACUACCAGGAGAAUGUGUUCAUCGAGGGCAGCCGUCCUCAGUACCUGGAAGACCUACACACUGAGGCACGUGAGGGGUUAAAGAUCCUACAACAAGAGGAAUUCGACAAUGGAGGGGACUUUCAGGAUGACCAGAGUGUUGCCUCCAAUCCCAUUAUCCAGGCGGAGCAGGACGUCAACGCCAACCACAGGGAUGGAUCUCAGGAGUCCGGAAGCACCGCUGGGAAUUCUGUUACCGCAGCGACCUCUGCUGUAUCGUCAGCCAUGUCCACGAGGCCCGUGAUCACACGCCAAGGCUCCACGUUCAAGCCUCUGAACCCAGUGAAGAGACUAGAGAAAGGGAAGAACAGGACCAGGAGGACUACAGUCAUGGGCAUACCCCAGCAGGUCCAGAGAGAGCUGGCCCUGCACAGUGGGUCUGCGUACCAAGUGCCUUCCCAGCUCUCUAACGGCUCUGGAGGACAGGGUAGUGACGGCCAACCAGGUGUGGUCGCCAUCCCCACCAUCGAUGGAGAGACCCUUCUAGCCAACCACGAUGGAGCUAGGGUACACAUCUCAGAACUGGCGGCAUCCAGAGAGGAGCGGCUGUUGACACACCACCUCAAGUCUGUGUACAGGGACGACCAGGGCUUCAGCCACCACAGGGGACUGAACUCUCGUCUCUCCCCCACCCAGAGGCCCAAAUCUCUGGCCGUGCCGGGCAUGACCUCCUCCUGCUCGGUUGGAUUCCCCAGCUUCCUCCAGGAGCCACAGGGUCCGGUGAUGUCCAUCUCUCCCCAGGCCACCUACCUGUCUAAGAUCAUCCCCAACGCCUAUCUGCCGGCCUCCGUCGACGUCAUACAGAUCGACCGCAGCACCAGCCAUACCCAUGGAAACAACGGUAAAGGAACGGUCCGUACCGUCAGCAAGAGCAGCCUUGCGUCAGUGUCGUCAGCCAGCCCAGCGUCGUCGAGGAGGUCGGGCGGCGAUGGUUGCUAUGACGGCGGCGACGCCCUUUCCCAUGGUGACAGUAGUUCCCGGGACGAUGGCUCUACGGCGACCACACACUCAGUGACUUCGGGAUCCGGCUGGAGCCACUCGCAGUCUUCCGAGACGAUCAAGUCCAACUCCUCCGCCAUCUCCUUCACGAAGGGGAGCUUCAGACCUGCUAACCCACAGACAGUGAGCCACACUGGGCAGGAGAGAGAGCUGCAGCAGCCUGGUGCUGGGGACCAGGACCUGGUGAGCCUACAAAGCUCGGCUAGCUGGGUCAGCAGCACCAGUAGGGGUACUAGUACUGUGACUGCUCAGGGGGGAUCUGAGUCGGGUCUAUCUGGGUCUAUCAGUGCUGGGGAGAUGAGCGAUGUUGGAGGAGACUCUCACAGAUUCUCUCGCUGUCUGUCGGUCAUGAAGACCAAGCUGCCCCCGGCUCCCCCCAGGAGAACCAACUCACUGCACCAUGAGAAGAUGAUGAAGAGGCGACCCAGGGAACUGGUGGAGAUUAAAGACCUCCGUGACUCUGUGGGUGGGGAGGUGGAGGCUGUUGAGGACACAAGCUUGGUUACGAUCGAGAUCUCUAAAGAGCUCUACAAAGAAAUCACAAAGAGCUCUGUCCCUGUAUCCAACUCAUCUGGGUUUAGCUCUUUAGAUGAUACAAGGUCUUCCACAGCCUCUAGCCCCCUGAGACCCACACAGGCCUCCCCUGGGGGUAGUGGAAAACCAGAAAGGCCAGGGUCCAGCAGCUCUUCCCCACAGAAGGCUCCCUCAGAGGGAGGUACAUUUGAAAGGACCAUGUCCCCCUCCAGUGGGUACUCAACCCAGAGUGGUACUCCGACGCUCUCCCCCAAGGGGAUCUGCCCUUCCGCCUCCCCAGGUAAACAGAAGAUGAUGCCGGUCAAACCGGAACGAUCUGGUUCAAGAGCUUCCUCCUCGGCAGCCUCUGUCUCCUCUUCCCUCACCUCCCUGUCUUCAGCCACCUCAGAACACGUCAAUCAAGAGGCUUCGAAAAACAGCCCUAGCCCGCCCCAGCAGGCCUCCCCACCCCCAGCUGUAAUGACAACAGAAAAGCCAGCAACGGCGACCCCGGUAACCCUGACCCGUUCCUCUGCAUCCAUGGCGAUCAGAGAGCUGCUUAACAUUCCGCCACCCCCCAACAUCAAAGCCCCUUCCCCGCCACCCCCGGAGACCUGGGCCCACAACAGACACACCUUCAUACUGCUGUGCGGGCCUUGCCCCAAUGUCAACAAGCUAGCACAGCUCCAGAAGCAACAGGAAUUGAAAGACGAAGCUGCCAUCAUUGAGCAAAAGCAGGAUCCUCAAACUGAAGCUAGCAAGGCGUCUCAAUGCUCGAAUGAAAAGAAGGCUACCGUAGAGGAAGUCACUUUGAUAAAAUCAGAAAGCAAAUACAUUGCUUCGCAAGAAGAAACUGAGCCUAUGCUGGAGCAGGUGCCUGAGGUAUCCGAGUGUGUUAGUCAGGGAUUUGAGAGCACAGAAAGUCAAACGAAAGAACAAGGAAGUCCGGCGAUGAUCGCAGAGAGGGUAGAAGCAUGUGUAGAGGUCCAGAACCAGGACCAGGAGCAGAACCAGAACCAGAGUAGUAGUAGUGUUGCACAGGUCAAGGAUCAAAAAGAGAGGCUAGAGACACAAGUUAGUUUAGCGACCAUUCCAAAGAAGGAACCCCCUCCUGUCAUGGAGAAAAUUCCUCCUAGAAAAGAUCCUAAAGUUCAAGUAACAGCAAACAUCCAACAAAAGUCGCCAUUUGAUGAGGUCACAGUAGAGGAGAAGGUAGAAUCACCCAGCGAGAGUGAGAAGUGUUCCCUACAGGCGGAGGUAGAGGUGGUAGCUAAGGAUGUUGAGGUUGAGGUAGUAGCUAAGGAAGUUGAGAUAGCUGCUAAGGAAGUUGAGGUAGUAGCUAAGGUUGAAGGUCAGAGUGCUACUGAAAACACUACAGAGGAAAGUCCCACCAAACCAGAGGCAUCUACACAGACCCUUGCCAUGGAGCCUACCAAAGUGGACAGGGUCUCUCCUCCAGCCUCCCCUCCCCCUGCCCACCACCCUCCUCCACCCCCUUCUAAGACACCUCCAUCCUUAGUGUCCACUCCCCCACCUGAGAUAGAGGAGGAGGGUGAGGAAGAGAUUCCCAUAGUAGAGUCCUGCUGGCCCCCUCCACCUCCACCAGAGGAACCAGCAGAUUCAGUCUUUGAUGAGUCAGAUGAGAUGGACUUUCCACCUCCACCUCCUCCCUUCGUGACGGAGAGCUUGCCAGAUGUGGUGGAGAGCUGUAACACAGUCGCUUACGUCCAGGAGGCGUCCAUUGUGGCUCUGGAUGUGGAGGAGGUUAAGGAAACUGUGAAUGGAGCAACUGUGGCUGGGGCAACUGUAGAUCUGUCACUCAUUCCGGCUCAAAUGGAGAUGAAGGAGGAUAGACCUGAAAAGGUGAUUCUGGACUCCAAUGCUGAUGAAACCAGCUCUGAGGUAUCUGAAUCAGCUGAGCUCCAAGCAAUUCCCGCAGAUGAGUCAACUAUCGUUUCUGCAGUUCAGCCCAAUAAGAUUGGGGCAGAGGUCAAGCAAUCUGCCCAGCAGCCAAUCACAAUGCAAGAAGCCACACCUCAACCAACAGAAACUUCUCAUCAGUCACAGGAAGUCCUGGCUCUACCAGAGGAUGUCCCUUCCCAACCCCAGGAGGCUCUUCCCCCAUCACCAAUGAAAAUAGCCUUGGUGCCCCCCUCAAGUAUCCCCCCUGUACCCCUUAUCAGUGUCCCCCUCCCUUCCCCUGUACAAUUUGAAGAUCAGAUGCCCUCUGAGCCUCCUGUGAGGAUCUUCCUUCCACCCCCAGACAAUGUCCCACUCCCACCCCCUCUCCACCCCACGAUUGAGAACCAACCCCCUGUGACCGUCAGGAGACAGCCCAGCUUGGCCAACAGAGAGACCAGGAGCAAAGAGCUUCUGUCUAGGCCCAUUCCCAAAGAAGACGCCAACAUUCCACUGGUCACCCCGUCUCUGCUUCAGAUGGUACGUCUCAGAUCGGUCAACGUCAGUGAAGACCAGGUGAAAACGCCUUCCGACAACGACAAUAAUUGCAACAAUGGGAAUCCACCUGCUCACGACCAGAGUCCAAUCCCAACCCAAACCCCAGGAUCCCAGAACACCACACCCCAAAAACCAGUCCGGAAAUCCCAGUCUAUAAAAUCCACACCUCUGUCAUUGAAGUCAUCACCACCGUCGAUCAUUGCCCCCUCGAUGCGCUUGCAGGAAGCUAUCCGCAUGAAGACAGCGGCCAUGUCUUCCAGAGAUGGUCUUCUAACGCGCUUUAGAAUGCCAUCCUCCACCUCAUUCCCCAGUAGCAGUGGUGGUGAAUCUGGGAUGUUAUCCCCAAUGUCACCAGAAGGGGGCGACAUGCUAAAGUCCCCCGCCUCCACCGCUAGCUUCAUCUUCUCCAGGAGCUCAAAGAAGGUCGUUAUAGAAACGCCUGUCGCUUCUUCCUCCCCCGAGAUGCAGGCGAGCCUUCAGCAGAGCCUAGCCUCCGUACUCAUGAAGGUUUCCGACCGAUCGGAGGCUUCCACAGUCGCUAACGGCAACGCUGGAAGAACUGGGAUUCCGAGGAGAGUUCCACCACCUGUGGCUAAGAAACCAGCUCACGCUACCACCUUGGGGAAGACUGGUUUUUCUAUAGUGAUGAGGGGUUCUCAGAGUGAGAGGAGCACUCCAUCUCCAAGGGGAACAGAAGCUAACGAGGAGACAGAGAGAGUGCAACAAGCGGGCCAGAGAGCACUGACAGAGGACCAUAAUACAGAAAGUAAAAUGGAGACGCAGCCAAACGGAGAAAGACUGCUUAGUGUGGACUGAACUUUUGUGGAUUGGGAUUAAGAUGGAGGAACAAAGCAAGGACUGCAAGAACUUGAGAGAUAAAGACAGAGAGACACAGAGAGACACAGAGAGAGAGAGAGAGAGAGAGAGAGAGAGAGAGAGAGAGAGAGAGAGAGAGAGAGAGAGAGAGAGAGAGAGAGAGAGAGAGAGAGUGAGAGAUCAUCAAAACAGUACUGACUUAAGAAGUCAACUGAGUUAAAAUAUGUGAAGUCUUCUCCGAAAGCCUUAGCCUAAAAUGGCCUUCAUAUUUAUGCAAACAAUGGCGUUGGUCCCCAUUUCUUUGAUAUUAAAGCUUUAUUUUGGAGUAUUUUUUUCAACCAUAGAGCUUUAGGGCUCUAUUCAAUCUGUAAAACUGAAGCGUUACAGAUUCUGCUAAAUAAAUUUAAAGGUAAUUUCUGAUUGAGUAGACAUGUGCACGUUUACCGUGAAUUCAGUCUCCGCUAAAUAUGAACAUUGCCUUUAAAUUUCAAUUACGCUGCAAAGCUGAACUUCAGGCGAUGCGGAUUGAAUAGAGCUUAGUCUGCUUUAGCAAACUGCAAACAGUGCUCCUCAGAACGAAUGGGUGUACUGCGGCUGGAUUUUGUAAAUACAAUACAAAAGGCUGUGCUUGUAGUAGACCGCCAUCUAGAGGUUAAAAAAGGUCACUGCAGUUGAGAAACAAAACCUAGUGGACAAAUAUUAGGACUUUCUAAGGUGUUUGAAGCUUGUGUUCUAUUUUACGUUUUUUUUUUUUCCUCUAAUAUUUUUUUCUUCAUUAACAUACCCUUUUUAAGUCAAGCAAUCACUGAAUUGUCUUAUUUCCUAAUGGAAUGGCAGAUAGAUGAAAUUUCCAGAAUGUAUCUUUUGACGUCAUCUAUCGCUCAAUCAAUCAAUGUGUUAUUUUAGCUUUUUGAUCAGCAUAAAUAAAUGUUUUCAAUUAAA